AUGCCUGAUCGCGUAUCCAACGAGAAGAAAUCAGUCCAAAUCACCAAACGUACUCGACUAACCCGUAUCGUUGACUUAAACCAAGUUGUGGAAUUCACAGUUUGCGGUUGGAUUCUCACGAUAUUCAGCUACAUCCUUGCUUUCAUCACAUUCCCCAUUUCUGCAUGUUUUUGUAUAAAAGUUGUUCAGGAAUAUGAAAGAGCGGUAAUUUUCCGAUUAGGUCGUCUACUACCUGGUGGAGCUAAAGGCCCAGGUCUAUUUUUCAUUUUGCCAUGUAUCGAUUCAUACCAAAAAGUGGAUUUACGUGUUCUUUCCUUUGAAGUCCCUCCUCAAGAACUUUUAUCCAAAGAUUCCGUGACAGUAGCUGUGGAUGCUGUUGUUUACUUUCGCAUCUCCAAUGCCACAAUAUCUGUUACAAAUGUGGAAGACGCUUCUCGUUCCACUAAACUACUUGCUCAGACUACACUCAGAAAUAUCCUUGGUACUCGUACGUUGUCUCAGAUGCUGUCUGAUCGUGACAACAUCUCGCAUCAGAUGCAGGCGACACUUGAUGAGGCGACGGGUCCUUGGGGAGUGAAAGUAGAGCGAGUUGAGGUGAAGGAUGUGAGGCUACCAUUCCAGCUUCAAAGAGCUAUGGCAGCUGAAGCCGAAGCAACUCGUGAAGCUGGAGCAAAGGUAAUAGCGGCUCAAGGAGAACAAAAAGCAUCUGCUGUUCUGAAGGACGCUGCCGAUGUGAUCGUUGAAUCGCCCUGUGCUAUACAGCUUCGUUAUCUUCAAACUCUUAACAGCAUUAGUGCCGAGAAGAAUUCGACGAUUAUCUUUCCAUUUCCUAUGGAAUUAAUUCAAUACUAUUGUCAAAGCUAUUCGUACCGUGGCUCAGUCAAAGAGGAAUAA